AUGGGUGAUACUUCAGCCUUGGACUUUAAAGAAGGGAAAGAUAUGCAAGGGAUACCCUGGGAAAGACUGAACUACACUAGGGACCAGUAUCGUCAGAUGAGGUUGAAAGAAUACAAGAACUAUAAGAACCUCACGAGGUCGCGCAGCGGGUUAGAACAGGAAUGCAAACAAGUGGAGAGGAAGGAUAUUUUCUAUGAUUUCUAUUUGAGCACGCGAGCUGUCAAAUCAACAAUAGUGCAUUUUCAGCUGAGGAACCUCCUAUGGCCUACCUCGAAGCACGACGUGUACCUGGUGCAGAACUACUCUGUGAUGCACUGGUCUGCCCUGCUCCAGAGAGGAAGAGAGGUGCUCAAUGUGGCCGGCCGAUUGGCCCCGACACAGUAUGUUGAUAAACCCAGGGUGGCAUUCUGCACGAACCUGACCGGCGACGACAACUCCACCACGAACGCCGUCGACAUCUACCAGGCACCCAACGGUGCCACUCGAGUGAUGGCGGCGAACAACGACUGCGUGGUCAGAACGUUCGACGCCGAGAGAUACACCCUGCUCACCCAGUUCACCUUCCCGUGGUCUGUCAACAGCACGUCGGUGAGCCCCGACGGCAAGCUGCUGGCUGUCCUUGGCGACAGCACGGAGUGCGUGAUCGCCGACCCGCAGUCGGGCAAAGCGAUGGCGACGCUGCGCGGGCACCAGGACUACUCCUUCUCGUCGGCGUGGCACGCCGACGGCCGCGUCCUGGCGACGGGGAACCAGGACGGGACGUGCCGGCUGUGGGACGCGCGCAGCCUCUCGGAGCCGCUCGCGGUCCUGAAAGGCCGGAUCGGCGCCGUCCGGGGCCUCCGGUUCUCCCCCGGCGGCAGGUUCCUGGACGCGGCCGAGGCCGCCGACUUCGUGCACGUGUACGACGCCGCGGCCGGGUACGUCGGGCGCGAGCAGGAGGUGGAGCUGUUCGGGGAGGUGGCCGGCGCCGCGUUCAGCCCCGACGACGAGGCGUUGUUCGUCAGCGUCGCGGACCGCACCUACGGCGGCCUGCUCGAGUUCCGCCGCCGCCGGGCGUUCGGCUACCUCGACUCGUGUUUCUUCUGA